GUGACCAGAUAUUUAUACUUCAAUGACAGCUAAAUCUACCAUAUACCUUCAUAUAUGGACUAAUUAAUUUGGUUUUACAGAUGCAGAUCCAAAAAUGCAUUACAUCUGCUUUAGGCAGCCACUUAUUGUGGAAAUUUUCAUAAGCCUAAUGGCUCUGUUAUAGCUAUAAAAUAAGAGAUAUCUCCUUUUGCUUUUUUAAUUUUGUGUUUAUGUAAAUUAUGAAAGUUUAUGAAAAGUCUGAAAGUAAUUAAUGUGAAUUAAAAGAUUUGAAUGACAUUUUAUGGAUAUAAAAGAGGCUUUGCUUGUUAUAAAGGAAUUUGAAUGUUAUAUGAAAGUGAUGAAGCCUAAUAUAAGGACAAGUGUUUUUAAACAGUUACUAAAGUGGGAGAUUUUAAAGACCGUUAUAUGCAAAGCUUUGUUUGCUUUGAUGUCAUUUAAACUGAUACAGGAAGUUAAGGUGGGACAUAUUAAGUGGCUCCUCCCCCUUUUAAAAUAGAUUGUAGUGUUUAGUUUACCUCACAACCUGGAAUCUGAUCGAGAAUGAUGUCAUUAAAAUAUGAAUUUUUAAAUGCUUGUAUUAUUUCUAAAUGGGAAUUUUGUCAGUAUUUUAGUUUAUUGAUAUCUUAUGACUAUUCAUACUAAAAGCCAAAACUUCAAUUUUGAUUUCAUGGUGACUUUAAGAAGAAGAAGGAAAGGACAGUUUGACAGAGACGAAAAAUGCAGUUGUGAUUAUGAUAAAGGAUUAAAAUUUAUUUCCAUAAAUGCUUUUCUGGCCAAUGCAAACAUUAAAUUUAAAUUUAAACUGUCUGUAAGUUUUAGGUCUGUGUGCCGUGAUAGUUCACUUAAAACAGAUUCAUAAAAUUAAUAAAAAAAAUAACAUUACAACUGUGUGUUUCUUUGAUUAUUACUAAAAUGAUUAGUGAUGACUGCACGUAAGAGAGUAUGCAGACAUCCUCCAGUACAGUAGGUGGCGCUGUUUACCUCUCAAGUCUAGUAUGUGACGUCACUGAGACCAGCGAGAGAACCCGUGAAGCCAUCAUGGCGGGAUUAAUGAAAUGUGAAGCUGGUUUGCAUAUCGAAACUGUUAGAGUCCGUGUUUUUUUGAUUACUGUAUUAUUUUGUCUUCAGUUUUUACAUCAACCGUUAGGUGCCACCCGUCCCAUCAUAGAAGUUAAAGAUGGACAAGACAUUAAAUUGCAGGGUGCACAUCAUUUUUGCUACAAUAAUACCAUUGUACCUGGGUGGAGGGAAACGUGGACUAGAAUACAGGUAAGAGUAUGGAGCACAAUAAAGCUGAAGGUGACAGUGGUAAAUGAUGAGCAGGACCUGCAGGAGCUUGAGCAUUUCAGCAUCUGGCAACUCGUGCAGUACUUUAUCCGUGAACAGACCAAUGAGUCUACAGUGAGCGUCAAUCUGUUUAACAACAAGACAUGUUUUCGGGUGGACCCCUCAGACUCGCGAACACUCUAUACUGUACAACCCAGUCGACAUUUUGACAUCUACCUGUUUUUGGUGUUUCUGGCUGGAAUUCUUCUGUUCUUUUAUGCAGACAUGCUUAGCAGGAGUCAAGUGUUUUACUACUCUGCAGGCAUGAGCACCGGGAUGAUCGCCUCCCUCAUCAUCAUCAUCUUUGUCCUUAGCCGUUUUUUACCGAAGAAAAUGCCAGUCUAUGCUCUGCUUAUGGGAGGCUGGUCUUUCGCUUUGUACAUCAUCCAGCUGGUAUUCCGGAACUUGCAGCUGAUUCUUAAAGAGCACUGGCUUUUGGCCAUUGGUUAUGCCACCAUUGUUGGGUUUGUCAGUUUCGCAGUGUGUUACCGCUACGGUCCCCUGGUGGAAGAGCGAAGUAUCAAUAUCCUGUCCUGGACGCUACAGAUAUUCGGCCUUCUGCUCGUCUACGCAGGAAUUCAGGUUCAACCUGUGGCUCUGGCUGUCAUGCUGGCUGCGUUCUGCUCUAAGAACCUGGAGUACCCUUUUACAGUGUCUCUCGCAUUGUAUAAGAAACUAAUGCCAAGGAAACCAGAGCCACGACAUUUGCUGACAGAAGAGGAAUAUCAGAGGCAAGGAGAGGCUGAGACUCAAAAAGCUUUAGAUGAGCUCAGAAAAUACUGCAGCAGUCCAGAGUUCAACACCUGGAAAACUGUCUCUAGACUUCAGUCACCUAAGCGGUUUGCUGACUUCAUCGAGGGCUCUCCUCAUCUGCUCUCCAAUGAGGUUUCAGUUCACACCCAGGAGUACAGGCCGAAUGGGUCGUUUCUCGAAGAUGACCUUUUUUCUACCGAUGAAGAAAAUUUAGAAGAGGAGGAGGAGGGAUGGGAAACAGAUGACGAUGUAAAGUCACCACAAAGGAACAAUACGCGGGCAACCAAUGGAGGCUUUCACUCAUGACUGCAAAACGAAGGCGAUCGAAUUGGCACACAAAGCUGAACACCAGCUAGCACGUGGUAUUCAUUUCUGAUCCUUUUGUGAUCAGAUAUGGUACUACAUUGUUAUUGUGACUUCAGAGAAAGGCGACAAGUUGUUUGAUAUUAAUUUUCUUUACAAAAUCUUUUUUUUUUUUUUUAAUCCCGAGUUUAAGUUUGAACUUUAGUAAGGAUAUUUGAUUCAUCCUGUCGGAUGGGACUGUGAAAGCCGUUGCUUUGCCCUGUUACGUGGAUUUUAUUUUAUUUAAUGUGUUUUAUGAUUUGUUGUGCAUUGUUUUUUGGUUAUGUUUUGUUUUUAUGUUAAAUUAAGGCCCAGGCACAUGCAUGUGAAUGUCAGUACUUAAGUUGAACAGAAGGGGUACAAAUGUAAAGACUUUAAGUGCUGUUGACUGGAGCCAAAUGGUUAUUUUAUUUUUGUAUGAAUGAGCAAUAAAAGCAUAAUUGUUAAGUU